CUGAUUUCAGUUUCUGGUAUUUUUUUCCUAGCCCUAACAUUCACCCUGACUGAUUUCAAUUUCUGCUAUGUUUUUUCCUUGCCCUAACAUUCAAACGGCGUCAACAAAUCAAGAUAUGCAAUGCAAGAGCAUCAUCCUUGAAUACGAUCAGCGCCAUUGACAGAAGUGGUGCGCAGCAGUUGGACAGAGUGGCUGAUGUCGAUAUACAUACAAAGCCCUGUUGCUCGGUGUUUCAUCUUUGGUCUUCAUGUACUUGGAGGCAAUUGACGACUACCCUGUGAUAUCCUGGAUGAUAUAGCCAGCAAGUAUUACACUGGCCACGUGAGGUCGAUAGAUUGGUCGGAAAAUGUUGUAUAAUAAACCGAUUGGCAAAGCCACGAAGAAGCUAUCUAAUGAUACAAGUUGAGGUCACCCAGUUCGUUCGGGUCAUGGAUUAUGCAAAGAGUUGAAUCAGUUCCGAUUGAACUAUUGCGAAUUAUGGGAAGCAUUUAUUCUUUUGAUAGAGAACCUAGCUAGCAAGGUACCAUAAGAGGUUCUUGGAAAGAUGGGUGCGCGACCAAUGACUGACCUGCCUAUUAUUACUCCUAACAAUCUUGCUGAUGCUGAUGGGAUUUAUCUUUGGGUUCGAUGGAAGCUCACUUCAAAGGUUUUCUAGACACACAGGGGGUCUAUGGAGAACAGAAUCUUUAGCUGGCAAACCCGCUGGAAUCUUCUACAGUACUGGGUCUCAAGGUGGUGGUCAGGAAACAACUGUGUUGAGAGCAAUUACUCAGUUGGUUCACCAUGGACUAAUAUAUGUUCCCAUUGGAUACACAUUUGAAGCUGGGAUUUUUAAGAUGGUGCAAGUGAAAGGUGGUGGCCCAUAUGGUGCAGGAAUUUUUGCUGGGUAUGGACCAAGACAACCAACUGAGCUCUAACUUGGACGAGCCUUUCACCAGGGGAAGUAUAUUGCUGCAUUGCAAAGAAGCUCAAUCACUCAGCAACUUAUACGAGGGCCUUCACUUCUAGAGAAAAUGAAUUUCCUAUGAUUGAGGAGAAGAAGCUUCAAUAAAUUAUUGGGUCACUGCAAGGACAUCGGAUGUGAUCCACUGAAUCUAUUUUUAUAAAUUGUAAGAACAAGGUCCGUUUGAGCUUUGCCAAAGAAAUGGUGCAAUGCAAUCAAAAGGUACACUGUUUCUUAUGAUUCUAUUGCGACAGUGGUCAUGGCCGAAUUAUACAAUGACAACAGUUGGAUCAUUCCUUCUUCUCUGACACAGGGCGACUUGAACAUGUAGAUUAGUAGAUUGCUAUUUCUAAAAAAGAGAGAUCCAAAGGAUUGUGCACCCAUGUACAUAGCAGUUAACAUAUUGCAAGUUUAGCAAAGAUGAAAGGGAUAAAUCCGUUGUAUUGGUAUCACUCAAUUUCCAGCAUCUUGAAUGACCACCAUACCUUGAGCUUUAAGGAGAAAUCUCUCAUUCUCUCUCGAAAGAUAAAUCUUCAGGUGAUUGCUAAGGUUUUUUUCACAAAAUAGCACAGUAGCUCAAAGGAUAUCCUAGCUUUGUUUAUAAACAAAGAGGUAAUUUUGGUUUUUCAGUUGGAGAUUUCUUAACUAAAGAAAUUAAUUUUAUCGGCUAUUGUGCACUGAUUUUAAUUUGUUCUUUCUGAUGUUAAUUCUUAAUUUUUAUCUUUUUUUUUUCCAGUUUUCUUAGACCGCUGCAGUGUUGAGAAUGUGAUUUAUGUUGCAUGAGUCAUUAAAGAUUUCCUUUGCAUCCAUUUUUGGAGAAAGUCUAUCACUUAUGGAGGCAAGUCAUAAGGAUAUAUUGUGGGGUCAUCUAGGUUGGUAGGUGUCCUAGAUGACUACUGAAUUAGUUACCAAUAUCAUGUGGCUCUUAAUAAGCACCCGAAGUACAAAUCUCAAAUAAAUAAGAAAAGGAGGCAACCGGCUUGAUACCAAUUUUGGAGAAAAACAUUAGUUAACCGGCUUGAUACCAAUUUUGGAGAAAAUCCAUGAGAGAUUAUUUAGGAAAUCCUUAAGAAACUUAAGGACUAUUCAUGACUUCAUGUUGAAUUAUUUGGUUGUUUGCAAUAUUUGGGUUGUUAGGUUUGUCAGUUGAUCUGUUUUUGCUCGAGGUUGUGGUGAAAGGAUUAGUUAAUAUACUCAGUUUACAUAGUGAAGGAAACCAUAUCCAUCUGAAUUUGUUUUGGAUGAUCAUUCAAUUGAAUAUCAAAUCUCUGGAUUGCUGAAAGUUGAUGCUACGUGGAGUUUUGUCUAAAUUGAUUCCGAGGAUUAUACCCAAGAAACCAAAGAAAGCAUGUAACUCCAGAAACAAUAGUGUGGCAUAUGAUGAGUCUCCGGUAUUACAUCGCUCUUUUAUUGCUAAAAUCUAGCUGAGUAACAGGUCCUGAGCUAAAUCCGCUCAUUUGGGUCUUUGCAUGGUGUGCUAUCGCCUCAUGUCAGACCAUAUGAAUUAUUUAUGUGAUUGGUCCAUCAACCUAGGUUUUUGCUUAUUUGUUCUCUUGAAAAUUUAUGCAUUGUUUAUUUAGAUUUGCUAGGGAAUCUAGACAAGUGUUAUCUUGAAAUCCUUUGGUGCUUGGUGUAGAAAGAAGUUCCAGCCGUUCCACGUUGACUUAACAUUGUUGACAUGAUCAUUUUUUAUUUAUUUUUUCUAACAAUAAAGAAUUUGCUGUUAACGAGUUUCGAACCCAGGUCACCGGUGUCAUCGUUGAAUAACUUUAUCACCGUACUACUGUACAGGGAGAAAACUACAAUUAUGGGGUAAGCAUCUUCCCCAUCAAAUGUAUGAAGAUUCAUGGAAUUAGUGUUGUAUCUACGAGACAUAGUGUUUGCACUAAAUUCUUGCCAUUAACCUGAAAACAUUCUGUAUCGAGGAGUUGCAUAACAAGCACGUCGUGCAAAGGAAGCUCUGCAAUAGAUAGACGUGGCCUCGCACGAAGUAUACACCAUGCAUUAAUCUACAAUUUCAAAUCUAAAUGUUACUAUUGUUGUGGCUUAGUAUGGAGCAUGCAGGUUCAAUUGAUAGCUGUUUGGGUUCCAUACAUAUUUGAAAGCAACUUCCCUACUGAAUUGUUACUUGGUUUUGUGCUCUUAGAUAAGACUCUACGUAUAACUGAUAUCUAUUGAAUCCAUCUGUCCAUGAACAAAACAAUUUGUAUUGAAA